AUGAGCGACCCUCGCGACCACGACCCGGUCGAUGAGUCCGAAGACGAGGACGACUUCAACCCGGCUCCUGAAGUUGGCAGCGACGCCGAAGAUAACAAUGGUGGUGAAGAUGAAUCACCCCGACGCGCCACCAAGAGGCCAUCCCCCGCGCAAAGUGCCGGCGAUGACGAUGAUGCUGAGAACGAUGAAGAUGAUGAAGGCGAAGACUUGAAUGGUGGAAACGACGAUGACGAAGAUGAUGAAGAUGAGGAGGACGACGAAGAUGAUGAGAUUCAAGGUCAUCGCCGGAAGCGUCGCAAGAACAAAACCAAUGCCUUCCUUGAUAUCUACGCCGAAGUCGAUGAUGAGGACGAGGGCGAAGAUGAAGACGAAGAUGCUGAAGAUCAGGAAGGCUUCAUCGAGAGAGAGGAGCCAGGUGAAGCCGAGAUUGUCGGUCGAGACGAUGACACCAGACACCGAGAGCUCGAUCGCAGACGUGAUCUGGAAGCCAGUUUUGAUGCUGAGCAACAGGCUGCCAUCUAUCAGAAGCGAUACGGAAACCGCAAGCCCGCCAGAGGUAUCGGCGAAUCCGGCGUUGUGCCCCAGCGACUACUUCUCCCCAGUGUAGAUGAUCCUAGCAUUUGGGGAGUUCGCUGUAAGGAGGGCAAGGAACGCGAGGUCGUCUUCUCCAUCAUGAAGCGAGUCGAGGAGCGCAUGGGCACCAAAGACGAACUCGGCAUCACGGCUGCCUUUGAGAGGGGAGGACCUAACUCGGUCAUGAAGGGAUUGAUCUACGUGGAAGCGCCACGACAGAAUGAUAUUCUUCAGGCUCUGGACGGCAUGCUCAACGUGUACCCCAGGACAAAACUCCUUCUGGUCGACAUCAAGGAAAUGCCCGACCUACUUCGUGUCCAGAAGACUCCCUCAUUGGAGCCUGGUUCUUGGGUUCGAUUAAGACGGCCACCCAAGCACGCUGGCGACCUUGCCCAGGUUUUGGAUAUUACCCAGAAUGGCUUGGAAGCACGAGUCAGAUUCAUUCCCCGUCUUGACGACGCCAUACGCGAUGACCCCUUGGCCGCCGCCACAGCUGAUGGCAAACGAAAGCGCCCGGCCUUUGGUGUGGGCCCGCGUCCUCCCCAGAAACUCUUCAGUGAAAUCGAAGCGCGGAAGAGAAACCCCCGUGCCCUCAACUAUCAUACUGGCUCGAAUUCUUGGGUCUACAACGGCGACGAGUUCGAGCAGGGCUUCCAGGUCAAGGACAUCAAAAUCCAGCUCUUGACUGUACAGGAUGUCAACCCUACCCUGGAAGAGGUGACCAAAUUUGCCUCGGGAGGAGAAGAUGGAGUUGAGAACAUCGACUUGAAGUCACUUGCCGCAAGCCUGAAGGACAGCUCUGCAAAUGUUACCUAUCUUCCGGGUGACAUCAUUGAGGUGUACGAUGGCGAGCAAAAGGGUGUAGUCGGAAAGGCUACCAAUGUCCAGAACGAUAUCGUAACCAUUGACGUCAUGGAAGGAGACCUGGCCGGCCAGACCAUCGAGGUUCCUACCAAGGGCUUGCGGAAGCGAUUUCGAACAGGUGACCAUGUCAAGGUCAUUGGCGGGAGCCGCUAUCGCGAUGAGGUUGGUAUGGUUGUCAAGAUAUCCGAGGACAGAGUUACGCUCUUGACAGACCAGUCUCACACGGAAAUCACGGUCUUCAGUAAGGAUCUCCGGGAAGCCAGCGACAUUGGAGGCCAAGGUGCGCUUGGCCAAUAUGAAAUGCUUGAUCUCGUCCAGCUGGAUCCCACCACUGUGGGCUGCAUUGUCAAAAUCGACCGCGAGUCAAUGGUUGUGCUCGACCAGAAUGGCGACACCCGACAAGUCCUGCCCUCUCAGAUUGCGAAUAAGCUGCCGAAACGCAAAAUGGCUGUGGCUGCAGAUCGCAAUGGCGCAGAAAUCAGACUGGAUGAUGUGGUCAAAGAGAAUGGAGGCAUGGCACGACAGGGCAAGAUCAUUCACAUUCACCGCACCUUUGUCUUUUGUCACACACAUGCUACGAAUGAGAACGCGGGUAUCUUUGUUUCUCGGGUCAGCAACGUCUCGACUAUUUCGGCAAAGGGUGGCCGGAACAACGCAAAGUCAUCCUUGCCGGACCUGAAUUCGAUGAACCCGGCUCUGAAGCGGAAUCCCAACGGCAGUGCCAUGGCUCCCCCACCCAAGCCCACCAUCGGCCGUGAUCGGCUCAUUGGUCAGACCGUCACCAUCAGGAAAGGAGGUUACAAGGGUCUUCUGGGUCGCGUCAAGGAAACGUCUGACACACAUGCCCGCGUCGAGCUCCAUACCAAGAGUAAGGUGAUUAAUCUGCCCAAACAGGAUCUCAUUGUCAAGGACCCCAUCACUGGCCGUGAGAUCAAGAACUACGACAGCCGCCGACCGCCGGGUGCUGCUGCACCGCGCUUCGAUGGUGGUCGCCCUAGUGGAGACUGGAAUGCUGGAUCGCGGACGCCCAUGGCUUCCUCCAUGUCGAAUCGGACACCUGCAUGGAAGACGCCUUCUGCCCGCACCCCGGCAUGGAACAAAGGCGGAAGUGGCGACUUCGGUAGUCGGACUCCAGCUUGGUCUGGUGCCGAUGGCUCGCGGACCGUCAACCCCUACGACGGCAGUCGAACUGCGUACGGCUCUGGGGCUCGUACACCAGCUUGGAACUCGGGCGCAAAGACUCCGGCUCCGGAUUCUUUCAGUCACGGCUCUAAGACGCCAGGUUAUGGCGGCAGUGGCUCCGCGGAUCCCUGGUCCUCGGGUGCAAAGACGCCGUAUGGUGCUGCGGCGCCGACCCCCGGUGCAAGCGGGGGCGAUACUUGGGGCUACACACCUGGAGCCUCGGGCUCAUCCAGCGCGUACGAUGCGCCGACGCCAGGAGCCCACAUGCUCGGUGCCCCGACUCCUGGUGCCAUGAAUGCCCCAACGCCUGGUGCCUUCAACGCCCCAACACCGGGUGCCAUGAAUGCACCCACUCCUGGCGGCAAUUGGCAGGGCGGCUGGGGAGCAGCCGAUGCGCCCACACCGGCUGCUGGUGCCCCGACGCCAGCAGCAAGUGGUUCGUUCGCUUACGCUGUCAAUGCCCCGACGCCUGGAGCUUGGAGUGCGGAAACACCAGCUGCAAGUGGCCCUCGCUAUGAGGACGAUUAA